UGACGUCAGCGCCGUGUUGAUUUGCUAAGGCGAGAGAAGAAAGGAGUUAGAGCAUGUUCUGAGAGCGGGUACUGCGAACUGCCUUACUAUGCUGUAGCCCCAAUCCCCCUGCACUAUCCGGAAUCAAAACGUGCAACUUAGGUUUCAUCUUGUUUACAAAGAUAGCUAAAAACAUUGUUGAUCGGGGAAGGAGAGCCUCAUGAGUCGGCCUCGUGGUUUGCAUCGACAUCAUGGAUUUAACUAAAAUGGGUAUGAUCCAGCUUCAGAACCCCAACCACCCCAAUUCCCUGCUGCAGAAGGCCAACCAGAUGCGUCUGGCUGGAACUCUGUGUGACGUGGUCAUCAUGGUAGACAGCCAGGAGUUUCACGCUCACAGGACUGUGCUAGCCUGCACCAGCAAAAUGUUUGAAAUCCUCUUUCACCGCAGCAGCCAGCAUUAUACCCUGGACUUUCUAUCACCAAAGACUUUUCAGCAGAUUUUGGAGUAUGCUUACACUGCCACGCUCCAGGCCAAGGUGGAGGACUUGGAUGACCUUCUGUAUGCAGCCGAGAUACUUGAGAUUGAGUACUUAGAAGAGCAAUGCCUGAAGAUCCUGGAAACCAUCCAGUCCUCAGAUGAAAAUGAUGCUGAGGUCAACGCUAACGAUGGAAGCACAGAGGAAGACGAUGAGCGCAAAGGUCACAAUGGAGCCAAAAACUCAAAAAAGCAUUCCAUGGGGAGCCCCUAUCUGUCAGGUACACAGCAAGUCUCUAACAUGCCCGGGGUCGUCGACCAGAGUCCCUCCGUCUCCACUUCCUUUGGUGUCUCCACCCUGAGUCCCACCAAAGCUGCUGUGGACAGUCUGAUGAGCAUCGGCCAGUCUCUGCUCCAGCAGGGCUUUGGUGGUGAACAACUAGUUCACGGCAACUCCAACCAACUGAUGACUGAGAUCAAGACUGAGAUGAUGCAAGUGGAUAUGGGUGGCAAUGGCCACGAAAGCCCACAGAACAUGGAGUCCAGUGCCUCCAGCAAUGGAGAACGAAGUGGGGAGGACAGGAACAGAGAUGGUCCCGGAACGCCAACCAGGAGCAGCGUGAUCACCAGUGCCCGUGAGCUGCAUUACGUCCGUGACGAAGGCAUGGGCGACUCUCAAGCUGAAGUCAGUCAGAUGGGGAUGGAAGCAAUGGCUGGAAUGACUGAGAAACAUCUGGCCUCUCUCUACUCCUUACCUGUCAAUCAUAAAUCAGAUGCCAUGAUGUCCAUGCCAGUAUCCAUGGCGUCCGCUCUGCCUAUGUCCCCAGCCCUGGCUAUGUCUAUGGACUUCAGUGCCUAUGGGGGACUCCUGCCUCAGAGUUUCAUCCAGAGAGAAUUCUUCAGCAAGCUUGGGGAGCUGGCAGUGGGCAUGAAACCAGACGGCAGGAACCAGCAUGAACGUUGCAAUGUUUGCGGUGCAGAGCUACCAGAUAAUGAAGCUGUGGAGCAGCACAGAAAGAUGCACAGUGGAAUGAAGACCUACAGCUGUGAGCUGUGUGGGAAGAGCUUCCUGGACAGCCUCCGUCUACGAAUGCAUUUGCUGUCUCAUUCAGCUGGUGAGAAGGCCAUAGUUUGUGACCAGUGUGGCGCCCAGUUCCAGACAGAAGAAUCCCUGGAGGCUCACCGGCAGAUCCACACCGGCUCGGACAUGGCCAUCUUUUGCCUGCUUUGUGGGAAGCGCUUCCAGACCCAGACAGCAUUGCAGCAGCACAUGGAAGUCCACGCCGGAGUUCGCAGCUACAUUUGCAGCGAAUGCAACCGGACUUUCCCCAGCCAUACUGCACUCAAGCGUCACCUACGCUCACACACAGCCGGGGACCACCCAUUUGAGUGUGAGUUCUGCGGGAGCUGCUUCCGAGAUGAGAGCACGCUGAAGGGCCACAAGCGCAUCCACACCGGAGAGAAGCCCUAUGAAUGUAACGGGUGUGGGAAGAAGUUCAGCCUCAAGCACCAGCUGGAAACCCACUACCGUGUGCACACAGGUGAGAAGCCAUUCGAGUGCAAGCUGUGCCACCAGCGAUCCAGGGACUACUCGGCCAUGAUCAAGCACCUGCGCACCCACAAUGGCGCCUCGCCCUACCAAUGCACCAUCUGCCUGGAGUACUGCCCCAGCCUGUCAGCCAUGCAGAAGCACAUGAAAGGCCACAAGCCCGAAGACAUCCCCCCAGACUGGCGUAUAGAGAAGACCUACCUGUACCUCUGCUAUGUCUGAGUCUAAGAAAGUGAAUGAAGAGGGUAGGGGAUGGGUUGAGAGGUAAGGGGAAUGUAACAAAGCGGAUAGGAGGCAUGAGUGUUGACGAUCGAGGAAUGUCAACGAGAAGUGACUGGAAAGCAAGAGGGUUUGUUUUCUGUUUUUUGUUUUCAUGCAAAGGCAAGCGAUGAGGGCGGGGUGGGGGGAAAGGGUGGUGAUGGUGGGGCAAACGUGCUAAGAAGAGGAAGUCUUGGACACGGAGAUCAAUUCUCCACCAUUGUUCGGAUUCACCGGGUCAUUCACUACAUCUGCAACUGUGUUAUUGUUUCAGGUCAUUUCAUGCAGCGCCAUAAAGUGAGCAAGCUGCAAGGAAGUGACUUCUUGGAUGCUGCUGAGUUGAGAAAGCAGAUUCUCAAGGGCUAUCUGAACCUCUACAUCCAUGCUGUCGGGAGCCUUCACUGCGUUUUGAGGUCUUGUUUUGCCCAAAAAAUGGAAAACUUUUUGGGGGGGUUUUGUUCUGCAGUGGUACUUUGUGCUUUCAUGCUCAAAGUAUCACUGCAAACCUACAUCUUUCUGGUUACGAACUACAUAAAAAAAUAUCUCAGAAGAAGACUGAGACAUGUUUUUUAACAUGCAUGCAUCCUGAAGAAACUAAUACUGUGGAGUAAAUGAACAGCUUUGGGGGGGACCUUCUCCUUUUCCAGUAGAGGAUGUAUAGGUUUUGUCACCUUUUUUGUUUUAUGCAUGAGCAGUUUUCACAGAAAUCUGCCCGUUAUCCUGUCCAUGUCUGAAAAACCUUCAGAUCCCAAUGGUGGCAGUGAGAUAGCCCCUGAGAAUCAGCAGCAGAGCCGGUAGGCUUAUGCAGUAGAUGAAAACAGUUGAACUGGACGAGUGGAAGCAUUAAUUUAAUGCUGCAAACCAAGCACCCAUUUGGUUGUGAGUGGGGAAAAUGCUAGCGCUGCUCUUUGUCGGAAGUGUCGAAAGUGUUCUCAGUAGUCUUCCUCGUUCUGCAUCUCUUUCAGAUGAGGGCUGGAGAAGGUUGAGUCACAACUGGCCACUCACGGUUCUCCCCAGAGAGCCACAGGCUAACUUGUGUUACUUUUUCAUCAUAUAUAUACAUGCAUAUAUAUAUAUUUUUAUUUUUUAUCUUUUUUGCUCUGCAUCGUAGUUUAUUACGGCUUAAUUGCACAAGUAAAACAAACUACGACAACAGUCUCUGUUUGACGUCAGCAAGGUAUAUACUUUUUUUUUCAUCCGCUCAUAACUCGCUACAAUAUUUCACAUUAAACCCUGCCUAUUCACCUAUUGAGCAAUAGAUAACUGGACUGCUUGUAUCCAUGUACGUUUAACCAGAUGACUAUCAUUUUUCUCACACUAACAAGAAAGUACAUAAACUGACUGACACGCAAACACUUCAACUGCAAGAAAUCUGUCAGUUCACCGGAGUGAUUUGAAAUCCAAGCAGCGGAAAGUGACUUGGGAAAAGGUUGCUGUCUGUGAGAGUCCUGUGACUUUACCUGCUAGUUGUAAAUGUUGAGGAUGCCUUAGCUGCACACCUUAAUGUUUGUCAUAGGUGGUGUGGCAGUUUGAAGACUGUUAUAUGGCAUAGUGACAUGAAUGUGAACGCUUGUAAGCCCGGCUUCUACUACCAUGUAAGCAUACAUACUGUAGCAGGUUAAUGCUGCCUUUCAGUCAGUAAUUCCCAGGUUAUGAUUAGUUUCCAGUGGGUCACACUGGAAGACUUUCUCCAUCCAACAUUAACAGCAUGCAUGCUUACGUUCCAGCAGGCAAGACUUGCUGGGCUACGCACCUUUUCAUCCACGAGCCCCAGGUCAUUGUGUGGAAGUGAGGUUUAUUUUGGAAUGUGCACCACUUGAGUACUGGCAGGUCCUGCAUUAUGUUACAGAUAUUGUAUUCAGAUGAUGCAUAUUCCCAAAUGUAGUUGCACUGAUUUGAAUUACCACUGGGGCUUUUGGCAAAGAUAUAGUUAAAAGGAUGUGUGUUGGAUACCUGUUUACAACACAGCAUAGGGAAACAGCUGUAAAGCAGGCGUGACAUUUCAUGCUAAGCUGUAACACUGACCUUGGUUCUCUUGGGGGGGGAAAAAACACAUAACCUGAGAAACUCCUGCUCCAACAUUUUCUCUGACUACAAGUCGGCAAAGUCUUUUCUUACACCUUUGAAAUGCAGCAUUAGACCUUUACGGUAUACGCAGUCAGGUAUUAUGGUUGAACCUUGGGAGUUUUGAUGAAUAUCACUGCACAUCACAGCGUUGUAUCUGGUUGAUCACAUAUCCAAGAAAGGGGAGAUCACUGAUUGGACGAGACACAGCCCAGCAGCUUAGGGGGCGACCAGUAAGAUGACAGAAUAAAUCAACUCUUUCUCUGUGGUUUUUGUCCCUGCACUUCGUCUCUCUCUCUCUCUCGUCUUGUUUUGUUGUUUUCUUAUGAUUUACCUUGAGUUUGAUCUCAACACAUUGUACUUGAAUUACCUCGUUUUUGUGACCUCAUGUUCCUUUUGUGUAUUUUAAUUUUCCCUUUUGUUUCAUUCGUUUUGUUUUGUUGUUUUUUGGGGAGUUUUUCUUUUGUUUUUAUUUGUUAGUUAGCGUGUGUUGGAAAGGUGCAUUGCGAACAUGAUUGAAGCAAUGCGUACGCGGAAAAAAAAAUAAGUGCCACGGCGAAGAGAUUUGUUUGUUUUUUUCUUAUGUUGCGUAUUUCUUUGUGCAUUACUCGUUACCAAACUUGGUAUUAUUAACCCUGCUUGUUAAAGAGCUGGAAGGUUUGGUCAUUUGUUAUAAAAGCUACCUCUAAGUUGUCGUGUUGUUUUUUUUUCUUUUUCUUGUUUUUUUCUUGGUAAAAGCACAUUUUUUGCAUUUGUGUUUUGCAUUGUUUCAUCUCAUGCUUUUUUUUUUAAGUUGAUUUAUGAUUGUCUGUUUUUUUAAGCAAAAUGUAUAUAAAAGGAUGAGAGAUAACAAAGUAGAGGCUGAUAGGAUGAGAAAUGCCAAAUGGAUGUUUAUUCUUCUCUUACAGUCCCCCCAAACCUGCACCUCCAACCACAGAAGAGCAGAGAGAAUGGAGGGGAAAAAAAGCAAUUUUGAAGCCUUAAGUGAUGAGGGAUACAGCAGAUAAGAGGAAGUACUAUUGCUUUUAAGAGGGUUUAAAAACAAGAAUCUAAACUUGAACAUAUGUGAAUAGAAUUGUAGUUUUGUAAUGUGAAAAAAACAAAAAAAAACCCAGAAAGUUCGUCUAAAAAACGCUGAACCACCCAGGACAGGUCAUUUUUGCAGUGAUGCAGAGUGCGUUGGACAAUUGGAACUGGAAGUGGUAAUCAAAAAAGGAGGGAGAAAAAACCACACAUAAAACAAAAGGUUAAAAAUAGAGAUUCUCUCAGCAGACAAGCUCUCUUGAGAAAUGAGUGUAUUCCUGAACAAGAGCCAAUAGAGGCAAUUUGAUAUAUAAAAAUUGUGAUAUUUUUGUAUUCAGUGUCAGUCCUUUUUCCAUUUGUGGAGGGUUAUAGCAGGGCACAAAUAUUUGUAUUUCUUUUUUUUUUUUUUAAACCUGUUUUUUUUUCUCUUUUUGGGUGUGAAUCAUUUUAUUUGCCUUGCUCCUCUUUGAUAUUGUUGAACAAAAAAACAUGUGUGUGAACAUAUUGUAAUAAUAAGUGUUGCUUUCUGGAUGUCAAUUGCAUUGUAGGUGAAGGACUAAAUCUAUCCGCCACAAAUUUUACGAGUGUGUGUGUGUGUGUGUGUGUAUGUGACAAAGUUAAGAGAGAAAAAAAAAAGAAGAAAAAAAAAAGAUGAUAAUAUGCGGGGCGGCAGGGGGACGCGGCCAAACCGACCAAUUAGUACUUGUCAUUCACGAUUUUUCAAUCAAACUUGACUGUCGACAUGUUUUUUUGUUUUGUUUUUGUACUUGAAAAAAAAGAAAAAAGAAGGGGUGGCAUGUCCCGUGGUGUCUUGCCAUUUUAUUCUCUAACACUGUGAUUUGAGGGAGCUUUUUUUCACCCUCGCAUAAUAUCCACCCACUAUAAUAUACCCAGUCACGGUUCAGUCUGAACACCACAAUGCAAGACCUGUUCAGUCACAUUAUUCCUAUCAUCGUCCUCUGAAUGUUUUCUACUUUCUUGUGCAGGUGAAAGAGUGCAUGAAAGAGUGUGUAACUGUGCGUGUGCGUGUGGGUGUGUAUUAGUGGAAAAAUGCACUAAACAGAUCAGAUACAAAAUAAAUGAUAUUCUAUGCCACUUUUUUUCUGUGGGAAAAAUAUAUAUAUACAUUGGCAUUGAUAUAGUUCUUCCCUCAGUGUUUCUCCGAUGUUUCUGUACUAUCUUUGUGCCUAAAAAUGGAAAUUGUUCAACAAAAAUAUCCAUCUAUAUCUGCUUAGUUUCUGUAUUUUCAGAAGAAAAUAAAAAUGGUGUCUCCAGCGCCCUAGGGAUGUCAUGACGCUCUAAAAUGACCUGAUUUUCUUUCUUUUUUUUCCUUUUUAAUCCUGAAUAGAGCAGUGCCUCUUCUUUUCUUGUUUUUUUUUCAAGGACUGCAAUAAACCCUUAAUGCUAUUGAAAUAGCAACUAGGAUUGUGCAUUCGCUUCUGUUCUUUGGCUCUGCUCUAUGAUUGGCUCCCAGAAGCAUUUAUUUAGCAACACAAAACAAAACAUGGGGAAAAUUUACUGAAAUUUGUGCUGCAGUCGUGAAACUAUUAGAGACUUUUGGGGACGAGAUCUGCUUUGUGAUUUAUUUUUCUGUUUUCUUGCAAGCAAACGAGGCCCCGAGUCUGCUUCUCUAAUUCUAAUUUUCUCUUUUUGUCAGCAACAGGUUUGCUGAGCAGAACAUUUUAUUGUUCUGGAAAAAAUGUAAAAAAAAAAAAAAUGAUAAAGAAACCUCCAUUUGGGUAGGUUAGCACCGGGGUAUUACCCUUCUGUUGCUUCAGUUUUGUUUGUUUUUUAAGUACUUUUUCUUUGCUACAAAAAAGCAUUUAAGAGGGGAUGUUCAAUUCGUCAGAGAGGAAUCAUGGCAUCCCUGGAGCUGGCACUCUGUGUUUGGGUGUGGUGUUUCUAGAACAAAGUAGCCAUUUCAUGCAGUGUUGCAAUGCAUGUGUCAUCGAGGUCUAGACUAAACUUGUUUGAGUAACAAAGCACCAAGACAUUGUAUUUUUUUAUAUUAGCACUGAGGACCAAUUGCCCUGUCGGACCAAGCAUAACAAAGCUUUUUAUG